AACAACAAAAACCUCCUUUUCAGUUAGAUUUGAUCUCUCCUCUCCUCUCCUUAAUCUAAUCUAAAAACUAGAAUAUUUCGCUUUCAAUCAACCAAACAAACAUAAUAUUCACACACAAAUCUUUGCUCUUCUGUCCCUUUUUUGUUUUUAAUUAACACCCAAAAUCAGAUGGCAACUAUGCAGGCAGCAAGUCCUGCUGUUGUUCUUCCGAGCGCGCAAGUUGUCGGUAAUGCAUUCGUGGAACAGUAUUACCAUAUUCUUCAUCAGUCCCCUGAAUUAGUUCAUAAGUUUUAUCAGGAUUCGAGUAUUUUAAGCCGGCCGGACACUAAUGGCCAAAUGACUUCCGUAACAACAAUGCAAGCAAUUGAUGUGAAGAUUCAGUCCCUUGAUUACAAAAACUAUAAGGCAGAGAUUAAAACCGCAGAUGCACAAGUUUCGCACCUGGGAGGGGUUAUUGUUCUUGUAACUGGAAGCUUAAUUGGGAAAGACAAUAUUGAAAGGAAAUUUGCACAAACGUUCUUCCUUGCUCCACAAGAAAAGGGCUACUUUGUUCAAAAUGAUGUUUUUAGGUAUGUUGACGAAAGUGUACAACUGGAGACUAGUUCUGGAACUGUUGAAAAUAUUGUAGACGGUGCUCCAGCAGAUCAGGCAGUCCCGAAUACAGAGUUGACUCGUGUUUCAGAGAAUUCCACAUAUGAUUCUGCAACUAAUACGUCAGCUAAUGAUCUGAAUAAUGCACCAGAAGUUUGUAACCCUGAUAAUCUUGAAGGGUCAGAAUCGGAUCUUGAGGAAGAAAUUCUGGAUGAACCUGCUCUCGUUAAAAAAAGUUUAAAUGAAACGGUUCCCAUUAAGAAACCAGAAGCCUUUGCAACCCAAGAGGAUAAGAAAUCAUAUGCAUCAAUUUUACGGGUAUUCAAGGCUACCGGAUCAUCUGCUUCUGGUCAUGUUCAAACGAGCAAUUUAAGGUGGGCACCUGCUAAUACUGAUCAACACAAACCUAGGCCUGCAAAGCCUUCCCCAGAACCAGAAACAUCGGUCCCUGUGGUGGUUAAUGAUCCCGAAAGCAGCAAAGUUCAUAAUGAUGCUGAAGGUCACUCGAUAUAUGUACGGAAUUUGCCCAUGAAUGCGACGGUCACACAACUUGAGGAGGAAUUUAAGAAGUUUGGGUCUAUUAAAAGAAAUGGUGUCCAAGUCAGAAGUAAUAAGCAACAGGGAUUUUGUUUUGGAUUUGUGGAAUUCGAGUCGCUGGAUUCCAUGCAUAGUGCUAUAAAGGCACCUUCUCUAACAAUUGGCAAUCGUCAAGUGGUUGUUGAAGAAAAGAGAACUACAACACGAGUUGGUGGAGGAGGUGCUGGUGGAAGAGGACGGUAUUCUUCUAGAAGGGGUAGUGGUUUCAGAGGCCGUGGUGGUUACUUUGGUGGUCGAAGCUUUAGUAGGAACGAGGGAAGAUAUCAAGGCGAGUUUUCCAACCGUUCAAAGGGUUCCACUGGCCGAAAUUCAGAGGUCUAUCAGCGAGUUGACCAGAAUGGUGGUGGCAGACACAACCAUAAACCAAAUAAAGAGACUGAACGGGUAUAAUAAUCACGAGUAAUCAAAGUUUUGACCAUGUCAGAAUUCUGUUUUUUAGCUUACGUUUAUUGUUUCUGUAUAUUCAAUUGGCAAAAAUGUCUUCUUUUUUCGGCCUUUGCCCAUUGGUGUUUGAUUUGGAUCUUGAUAACACCUUUUUUUGGAAAAAAGUAGACAUAUUAUGCAA